AACGACAAGAAACGCAACACGCCAUCCUCACAAACUAAAGAACUGCACUCGACGGAUGCGCCUCUUUUAACCGCCUCUUCACGCUCCAUAAUCCAGGAACCGCCCCGACCCUGCCCGCCGCACCUGCCCACCUGCUCCCCGCCCAGACUCCUGGAGUAAUAAAAGAGAAACACACUUCCCCGUAUUGAUAGUCCAUCGCCCUAUUCAACCCGCCGAGGACCGUCGUUGCCCCUCGAACAAACACUGGUGCUCUCCCGCAGCCGUGCAACAUGGACGCAAGCCAAAACGACGAGCUGUAUCCGAUCGCCGUCCUCAUCGACGAGCUGAAGCACGACGAUGUGCUCCUGCGAUUGAACGCCAUCCACCGCCUCAACACGAUAGCUCUGGCAUUGGGCCCCGAGCGGACGCGCGAUGAGCUGAUACCCUUCCUUGACGAAUCGGUGGAAGACGAAGAUGAGGUGCUCACAGCUCUGAGCGAGGAAUUGGGCAAGUUUGUCGAAUAUGUCGGCGGUCCAGAGUUUGGACACGUGCUGCUCUCACCCCUGGAGAACCUUGCGGCGAUAGAGGAGCCGCUUGUGCGGGAGAAGGCUGUCGAAUCCCUGAACAAGAUCUGCGAAGAGCUCUCACAGCAACAGAUCGAAGAGUACUUCAUCCCGCUCGUCCUACGCUUAUCAAAGGCCGAUUGGUUCACCUCAAAAAUUUCGGCGACCGGCCUCUACUGCGUACCCUACACACGAGCUCCCCCGCCAUCCCAGGAGCAGCUCAGGCAGCACUACGGCCAGCUUGUGCACGAUGAUACCCCCAUGGUGCGACGACAAGCCGCCAACAACCUCGCGAAAUUCAUCAAGUGCAUGCCGCCGGCGAUUGUCAUCGAAGAGAUGAUUUCCCUCUUCCAGCAUCUUGCGGCAGACGACCAGGACAGUGUCAGACUUUUGACGGUGGAUAUCUUGAUCGCAAUCGCCGAGGCUGUGCCAAAGGAGCAGCAGUCGAGCCAUGGCGUGCUUCUGACAGCGCUUCGGAGUCUGUUCGAGGAUAAGAGCUGGAGAGUGCGCUAUAUGGUCGCUGAUCGGUUUGAGAAGAUCGCGAAAGCCGUAGAUGAGGAGGUCGUCAACCGAGACCUGGUUCCCGCAUUCGUAAAGCUUUUGAAGGACACCGAGGCGGAAGUGCGGAGUGCCAUUGCGGGGCAAAUUCCUGGCUUCUGCGCGCUCCUCGAACGCGAGACUCUCCUCCAAGAAGUGAUGCCUAGCAUCGAGGAGCUCGUAUCUGACCAGUCGCAACACGUUCGUGCUGCCCUUGGAACUCAGAUUAGCGGGCUGGCCCCAAUCCUCGGCAAGGACGAGACCAUUUCACAUCUUCUACCUAUGUUCCUUCAAAUGCUCAAAGAUGAGUUCCCAGAUGUUCGGCUUAACAUAAUAUCCAAGCUUGAGCUCGUUAACAAUGUCAUCGGUAUUGAACUGCUCUCGCAAUCUCUUCUUCCUGCUAUCGUCCAGCUCGCAGAAGACAAGCAGUGGCGUGUACGAUUGGCCAUUAUCGAAUACGUCCCUCUUCUUGCCUCGCAGCUAGGUGUCAAGUUCUUCGACGAGAAGCUUAGCAGCCUGUGCAUGAGCUGGCUCGGCGACACUGUCUUCUCCAUCCGUGAGGCUUCCACGCAGAACCUGAAGAAGCUCACCGAGGUGUUCGGCGUGGAGUGGGCCAAUGAGGCCAUCGUGCCCAAGGUCAUGGCCAUGGGACAGCACCCUAACUACCUCUACCGGAUGACGACUUGUUUUGCUGUUUCGACCCUCGCACCCGCCCUCAGUCUCGACGUGAUUGAGACUUCCAUCCUUCCCAUGAUGGACAAGCUCGUCAACGAUGAUAUUCCCAACAUCCGGUUUAACGUCGCCAAGUCAUACGCCGUUCUCAUCGACACCCUCAAGCAACUCCCAGAGCAAGGCACCGUACUUGCACUCCAAAAAGCAGGAACCCCUGGCCAGGGAUGCCCCAAGGGACAGGAACUCAUUACUAAGAGCAUUCUGCCCAACUUGGAGAAGCUACAACAGGAUGACGAUGUGGAUGUAAGGUACUUUGCAACGACCGCUGCGCAGAGCUACACGGAUGCGAUGCAGACUUAGGAACCUGCAGCGGCAUGGAAGGAUAUGGUGCGGAAUCUGUUGACCAAGUGAUGACGAGGUCACAACAGAAAGCAAGCAUUCGAAACGUAAUGAUAUAGAGCGAGGGAAGGGGAAGCAAGGCAGUAGGAAGAGGGCCUCGGCCUUUGUCAUCGUUAGAGGUUGAGCAUUGCAGCGCCCGCUUUGUACUGGGUUGUUGGAGUUGCAUCAUAUCUACGCGCAAUGGCGAGGGUGUAUGAAGUAGGCAGGUGAAGUGGGAGUGCAAAACCAAGACUACCCCUGUUAGAACUCGAAUGGUUAUGUUUGCAAUACAUUGUCUG